GACGCGCCGCAGCGGUCUGUCCCUGCUCCCGGUCCGUAGCCCGGCGGCUAGGCUGACGUGUGGCGGCGGCGGAGGUAGCGAUGGCGGCCGCCUGGGAGGAGAUCCGGAGACUGGCUGCCGACUUCCAGCGGGCGCAGUUCGCCGAGGCAGCGCAGAGGCUGUCUGAACGUAACUGCAUAGAGAUUGUUGCUAAACUGAUUGCUGAAAAGCAGCUGGACGUAGUGCAUACGCUUGAUGGAAAGGAGUAUAUCACUCCAGCACAGAUUAGCAGAGAAAUACAGGAUGAGCUUCAUGUUUGUGGUGGUCGAGUAAACAUUGUUGACUUACAACAGAUAAUAAAUGUCGACCUGGUCCAUAUUGAAAGCCGAGCUAAUGACAUUGUUAAAUCAGACAGAACUAUUCAGCUGGUACUGGGACAGUUUAUAAAUGAGAGUUACCUAGACCAAUUAGCAGAAGAAAUAAAUGAUAAACUACAGGAAACUGGUCAGGUGACAAUAUCUGAACUCUGCAAGGCAUACGACCUUCCAGGAGACUUCUUGAUACAGGCAUUGUCCCCCCGUCUUGGUAGAAUUAUUCAUGGCCAGAUAGAUCAGGACAACAAAGGAGUGAUUUUUACGGAGGCAUUUGUAGCCCGGCAUCGAGCACGCAUUCGUGGUCUGUUCAGUGCAAUUACUAGGCCUACUCCUGUAACUAACUUGAUCACUCGGUAUGGAUUCCAGGAACAACUGCUUUACUCUGUGUUAGAAGAACUAGUUAACACUGGACGUCUAAAAGGCACAGUGGUUGGUGGGAGGCAGGAUAAGGCUGUGUUUGUUCCAGACAUCUAUGCCAGAACACAGAGCAACUGGGUGGACUCCUUUUUCAAGCAAAAUGGUUACCUAGAAUUUGAUGCGUUGUCCAGACUUGGCAUCCCAGACCCUGUGAACUACAUAAAGAAAAGAUACAAGUCCACAAAACUCCUAUUUCUGAAAGCAGCCUGUGUUGGUCAGGAAAUUGUGGAUCAGGUAGAGGCUUCGGUCGAUGAAGCCAUCAGCUCUGGAACGUGGGUGGAUAUAGCGACUCUUCUGCCCAGUUCAUUAUCCAUAGAAGAUUCUGGAAUUUUGCUUCAGCAAGUGAUGAGAUCUUUCAACAAACAUUUGUCAACUAUAAUCUUCGGUGACACUAUUGUAGUCAGCGAGAAAUUUAUAAACAGUUGUACUGAUCUGUUCACGGAGCUGAUGCACCACAAAGCUGAAAAGGAAAUGAAAAAUAACCCUGUUAAUUUACUCACCGAAGAGGAUCUGAAACAGGCUUCCAUUUUAGAAAAUUCAUCUGCUAACAAAAAAGACAGAAAGGAUGAAAGAAGGAAGAAAGCAACAGAGGGCAGUGGAAGUGUGAGAGGAGGAGGUGGUGGAAAUGCCAGAGAGAUCAGGAUUAAGAAAACUAAGAAGAAAGGAAGAAAGGAUGCUGAGAGUGAUGAGGAAUCACAAGCAAGUAGCACAAGUAGGAAUAAGCAUCUGGAGAUUCCUUUCAUGUCACAGGAAGAGAUUCAAGAUGUUUUAAGGAGCCAUAUACAGGACUGCCCUGAAGAGCUUAUUACAGAACUUGCCGAACAUUUAAUACGGUCCCUAACAAAGAGCUACCAGGAAGUGGUACGUUCAGUAUUCGUGUCUUCAACCUCUUCUUCGUCUGGAGCUAGCAGGAGGCGGACCAUCAAGGAUUUGCAGGAAGAGGUUUCAAAUUUGUACAAUAAUAUCAGAUUAUUUGAAAAGGGAACAAAGCAUUUUACAGAUGAAACACAAACUAAUCUUGCCAAACACAUGCUGAAGACCAUUUGUACAGACAUCACAAAUCUUAUUUUCAACUUCCUUGCUGCCGAUGUAAUGAUGGCAGCAGAAGAUCGUACUGCCAUUACAAGUGAGGUCAGGAAAAAGAUUUUAGGUAAAUUACCUGAAGAGACCAGAGGUCCUUUAACUAAGCUACAUACUUCUCUGAAUGGCAAGAGUUUAGAAGACUUUCUUUUGUGCCUUGAUUCUUCAGCAGAUGCUUGUGAUAUCAUGGUGAAAAAAGGGGACAAAAAGAAGGAAAGGCAAAUUCUGUUUCAGCAUAGACAGGCUCUGAUUGAACAGUUGAAAGUUACAGAAGAUCCAGCUCUUGUUUUACACCUGAUAUCGAUCCUGUUGUUUCAGUUUUCAACACAGUGCAUGCUUCAUGCACCAGGAAGAUGUGUACCACAAAUCAUUACUUUCCUAACUACUAAGAUCCCAGAGGAUCAACAUUCUCUUCUGGUCAAAUACCAGGGAUUAGUGGUGAAACAGUUGAUCAGUCAGAAUUAUAAGAUUGGACAAGGGGAUGAUGACACAGUGGAUGAUAACCUAGGGGACAAAGAAAGUGCAGACACUAUUCGAAAAGAACUCCAAGAAAUCACCGCCUCUCUCAAAGAUCUUGUUCUCAGACCCAGAAAAUCUUCUGUAACAGAGGAGUGAAGGUCUAAUUAAAUUUAAAUCCAGGGAACAGUCAGAAUAUUUUUUUUCUGAAAGGAGAAAGAAGUUCACUGUGUUGGGGUCAUGGAGAAUGGUUGAAAUAGCCUUGGCUUCCAAAACUUUGCAUAUAGAAUUGCAGCCUGAAGGAUAACAGGCAGUGGUGGAUACGAAUUUCGUUUUAUGUUCUUUUAAAAAAAAUAAAUAUUACCAUAGUGCAUGCAUUGUUACAGAAGACAUUAAUAGCAACACUUACAUUGGCAAUGUAAUUAAAAUUCUAAGAUGGAGGCUUUAUGUAGUAUCUCAGGAAAUAUUUCCUCUUUGCAGUGGUUAAGAAUUCUUAUAUGUAUAUCCAUAAGUUUAUAACUUGCUUUUAAGUUGUGAAUUCUCGCCUCCCCCCCCCCUUUUUUUUUUUUACCUGUAUAGUAAUUAUCAAAAUGUAAAUGUUUGUCUGUAUUCCAUAGCUACAUUUUUAAAUUAAGGUUAUAGGUAUGUAAUAGCAUGAAAUGAGAGGUCAUCUUUACUUUUUUGAUCUCAUGAGGUGAAACUUUUUCAGGAGUGCAUAUCCUCCCUCCCUCCUCACCCCCCAGCAGUGCAGAGGUUGAAAAUAAAAUGGUCAGGCACACCUGCACAAAAUGGUAAAAAUAUCUGAUCAGUUCAAGUAAGGUUAUUAACCAAGGAGGUUAUGGUGCUGAAUUAAGGAUGAAUUUCUAGAACCUUUUUCAAUGAAUUCCAGUGAAUUCUGUGCACGCUAUUAUUUUUCAUGUCCCUUAGCUAAUGAUUUGUCAUAAAACUGUUAAGGGAUGCAAGUGACCUGCAUUGGGUUUUUGUUGGUUGGGUUUUUUUGAGGGAGUGAGGUGGGGGAUUUCUGUAGUUAGUAUACAAGUUAGCUUGUUCAUUUAACUGAAGGGCACUCUUACUACAACAGUUUCAGAUAUGAUUCCUAGAGAGGUUUCUUAAGGAGCAAACAUCCCUUAUAUAUGCCAUUUUUAUUUGAGAGAGUUUGGUUCAGAAUUCUGUUCACUUUACAGUAUGUUUCUUAAAAGAAAUUCUGAAAAUGUUAACCAUUUUGGAUAUCUGCUACAGUGUUUUUUCUAGUGUUAACCUAUUCCCAGAGGUAUUUGAUAUUAUUUAGCAAUAUUUUUGUCAUGUCCAUUGUAAUUUACAUCAUUUAUACAUGGGGUAUAUUAUAUGUCUUAGAGAAAAUGUGUAAAGUAUACCAACUAGAAUCCUUUCAAUAUUGGUUAAUUACAUAAUUUUUGUGCGUCUGUUGUGUAUAUUUUUUUAUUUGUUUUGGAGCCAGUGCAAUUUUAAUUUAUCAGAUCAGUUUCAGCUUGUUAUUAUUGGAGUAUGCAACGAUUAUAUAUACUUGUAAUGUUACCUAGUUGCUUGCAUAAAAUCAAGUCUGAAUAGCAAGGUAAUAGACAUUGCUGUCCAGUGAAAAUAAUAGUUGUUCUAAGUAAUCUCUCUCUCUUGUCAAAACUGUUUUGGCACUGAGAAAAACCUACUGUAGGGAUGUUACCAAGUGGCAUUGUCUGUUAAAUUCCUGCAGGUCGUGUGCAGUGGUGUACACUGGGUGGAAGUCAACCAAAAAUGUCCCAAAAACUGUAAUUGCAACAAAAGAAAGGUGACUUGAGAUUUGAGCUUUUGUCCUACUGCAUUUAGGCUUGUUUUUAGAAUGCAGUUUAAAAAACAGAAUCACGUAUACAAAAUCACUAAAUUACUGUACGAAAUUCAAUAAUACCUUUACAAAACAGCAGUGAUUCUGUACAAACCAUAAUACAAAAGAGCAGCUCCACUCUCUGCCCUCCAGACUUAGAGGCAGAGACAGUUGUGUCCAUCAUCCUAGCUGGAAGCCCCCAUGCAACCAUGUCACCUGAAAAGAAGGGCCAGAGAAAAGCAAAAGGGGAAAAUAUUCUGACUGCUUUAGCUUUGUUUAAAAAAUAAAAAAUGGUUUGCUUACAGUAAACCUACUUAGUGUCUUAUUGAAUCAAAAUAAUUCUAAUUUUCCUAUAUUAAAUCUCCACACUUUUAAAUGGCAUUGGUGAUUUUGUAAAUAAUACUCUACAGUCUGAUCUUCUUUAUGCAAAUAUAAUUAUUUUAAUAAAGUUAAUGAUUAAGUGGAUAAAAUAGUUUCUGCUGUUGACUUAACCACUGAUAUAUUGAUUGGAUUUGCACUUGUUGCUUAAAGUGCAGUUGUUAAUGUGCUCCAUUUGAUUUGUUAUACUUGCAAUUUUGAGUGCUUCUCUUUUUUGCUUAAUACUGUUAUAAGACAUCAUAAUAAUGAACUUGUUAUAAGUCUCCUACAUAAUGCAACAGAUUUUUUAAAUUACAGGCCACAUGAUGAGAAUAAUACAACAUUAUUUAAAAAGGCUAGGAAAGAAGUACUAACACUCCAGUAGUGGUCUCUUCCUGGAAUGUUCAGUGGCUAAUUUCAGCACGAGUAACCUUCACCAGUGUAUCCAUGCCAGAAAAAACAAGUAUUAGCUGGCUGGCUGUCAAGUGCAGAGGUUAACAUUCCUAGUUAAAGGGGUCUUAAUUAUGAGAGAGAGAAAUGGAAUAUUGUUUCCCCAAACACUUUGCUAAUGAAUUUUUUUCCUAUGUAUGAUGGACUUAGGAAAGGAUUCCUAUUCGUCUUAGGCCUCUUAUCCUAAUGAUCAGAUGUUCAGUUCACAAAGUAAGGCUGCCUGUUUCUUUUUCAGAUAAAUGUACAUUGUCGCUUCAUUUAAAUUACUCUGUAGAAAAAGGCUGGAAAGCAGCAUUACUGUGGCCAACUUGCCCCCUCAUUCCACUCACUAACAAUACAAUGCUCCAUAAAAUUCCUGUAUAUAGUCUCUUCCAAAGUUUCUUUAAAAAAAAAAAAAUGUGCGAUUACUUAGGGUAACUCUUGAGCUUAGCCUUUGACAAGUGGUGGCAUUUGAAGACUAUUGUAAUAUGUUGUGUACUCACAACUUAAAUGACUUGCACGAGUGCAGUCUAAGAUUGAUGGUGUAAUCUAACAGAGGCUGUCCGGAGUUUCUGAUAGGUAUUUAGAACUUCUGUUAAAGCUUUCUGUAUACCUUUUGGUUAAUGUUUUAAAUGGCUUCAUGUUUUUGAUCUUAACAUUUUCUUCACAGUAAGGGUCUGUGGGAGCUGUAGACUUUUUGAAGGAAGUUUACUCCUGUCAUGGAAAGCAUGGUUGUAACUGAAACAUACAAGUGAUGGUCAUUUGAAGUUUUGGGAUUAUUAAAAUGCUUUAUUGUGAGAGCAGAAA